CUCUCUCUCUCUCUAUCUUUCCUCUGAUUAAAGGUUUCAAAAAAGCAGGCAAAGUAAGGAGCCAUGAAGGCGACAAUAAGGUACUUAGCAGGAAUCGCUGGCCCAAGUGGUUUUGGCUCUAAUUCCACAGCUGAGCAAGUCACUGAACACUGUUCUUCAACGCUUCCUUCUCGUCUCACUGCUCUCAUUACUGGGGCGACUUCUGGUAUUGGGGCUGAAACGGCAAGAGUGUUGGCGAAGAGAGGAGUGAGGGUAGUGAUCGGUGCGAGGAACAUGAAGAAGGCGAGGGAAGUGAGAGAGAAUAUCCUGAAGGAGAGUCCAAAUGCUGAGGUUAUAUUGCUUGAGAUUGAUCUCAGCUCUUUCGCUUCCGUCCAGAGAUUUUGUUCCGACUUCUUGGCUCUCCAACUCCCUCUUAACAUCCUCAUAAACAAUGCUGGGAUAUACUCACAGAACUUGGAGUUCUCCGAAGAGAAAAUUGAGAUGACAUUUGCAACAAAUUACCUAGGACAUUUCUUGUUAACGGAAAUGCUAUUGGAGAGAAUGACAGAAACAGCAGAGAAGACGGGCAUUGAAGGAAGAAUCAUAAACGUGUCUUCAAUGAUCCAUAGUUGGGUCAAAAGAGAAGCUUUUCAAUUCAAGGACAUGAUUAAAGGAAGAAACUAUAAUGGCACGCAUGCGUAUGCCCUGUCAAAACUGUCCAGUAUUUUGCAUGCCAGGGAAAUGGCCAAACAGCUAAAGGCAAGAAAUGCAAGAGUAACUAUCAACGUGGUCCAUCCGGGCAUUGUGAAGACUGGAAUCAUGAGAGCUCACAAGAGUCUCAUAACAGAUUCCUUGUUUUUCAUAGCAUCCAAGUUACUCAAAUCGACUUCUCAGGUGAUUGCAGGGAGCAGCAACGACCUGUUAUGUAGCGUUGAGCCCAGAAAUAGAAGGAAUGAGUGGGAAGUACUUCUUAGACUGCAAUGAGAGUAGCUGUUCAUCUUUGGCCAAUGACGAAUCUGAAGCUCUCAAGCUAUGGAACAACACACGUUCUCUACUUCACAAACGAUUACGCAAAGCUGCCGCUUGACCUCCCAUUUCAUCUUAAAAUGGUUUUGUAUGUGUGUAUAUAUAUUAUACUAAUAUUAUAUUCGCCAUUUACAUACAAAGACCCCACCCCAUGUAUAAUUAAUAAGGGGUUUUGAAUUGGAUCCCAGUAUUCUGCAGUAGGAGAGAGGUUGAGAGGAACACAAGCUUUUUUAUAGUCUUACACUCUCACUCUCUUUUAUAUCAUCCUCGAUCUCUCAAGUUAUACAAUUAUAGAAAGUUUAUUUGUUCUUGUA